AUGACAUCCUUGAGAACAACAAUCGCCCCUGGGCACGACAGUGUCCAGGAGGACAUCUAUAACAACGCCCCCAAGAUCACCAGCAUCACUACAACACACUCAACGUGGUUUGAGAAGUCCCAAGGCUACCAAUACCUCAAAGACAACCGCCCCGACAGCCAUGCGUUCCUGAACAAGCACCAGGUCGUUGCGCUCGCCCUUCUCGGCUGCGAGGCCAUGUCCAUCGAUAUCUAUCAACAGACCAACCAGGCAAUGUUCAGAGUCUUACUAUCAAAGGAGAAGAAGGCUCUCCUAACCGCCUUUCGCAACAUCAAAAGUACCAUUCCUAAGAAGAAGGGAGCCGCCAGAAAAGAUGUCAAGAAGCUGCAGGACAGGGAGGAGUGGAUGAAGUCACUUUUCGAGCUGUGGGAGAAUGUCAAGCCGUGA